UUGGCAUGGCAACAGAACGACGAAGCAUUUUUUUCUUCUAUGUUGUAGGUUGAAAGGCUUGUCAGUGUCUACUUUCUGUCAAUAUUAGCUCUGUUAAAACUUAGGCGAUGGUGGACGUAGCUGCUGAUUUGAGCAGCUUUUCUUUUGAGACUGGACUGACGGAAGAUGAGAAAAAGUUACUUUACCUUCGUGCACGCGCAGCUGGACUCACUUUUUGCGGGUGCGCGCACGCUCUUUACUUGUGCAAACUUGUCCACUCACUGAGAUGUAUCAUCACAAGUCCCGCUGCACAAACAGACUCAGUAACAUCAGGAGAAGACAGUGACCUCUGUGUGGGAAUACUUGGGCUGGGUCACAUGGGAAAACAGCUGCUUCUGUCUCUCCUGGAAAUGACUAGUAUCAAACCAUCACACAUUAAAGUCUCCACAAGAAGACCAGAAUCUGCAGCUGAAUUUGUCCAGAUCGGGGUCGAGUGUUUCUUUGACAAUCGCAGACUGGCUGCAUGGGCUGACAUUCUGUUCCUCUGCUCUCUGCCCUCUCACCUCCCUAAAGUCUGUGCUGAUCUCCACUCUCACCUGUCAAAACACUGCCUUGUGUACAGCUUCACCUCUGCUGUGCCUGUCACCAGGUUAGCUGAACUUCUUGGACACAACUUCAUUCUAAAACCACAGUAUGGCUUUGUGGGUGUUGACACUGCAGAUGUGUGGCUGUCCUGCACUGAUCUGUCCAUGGCUUUGAAAGAUCCUUUGCUGAUAGAGGCAUCGUGUCCUCUUACAAUGAGUGGUGCCAUCACUCUGAGUCUGAACUGGGUGUGUGCAGUGUUGUACAGCCUGCUGAAUAUCUGCACCUCUGCCAGUCUGCCAUCCAGUAAUGCCCUCUCUCUGAUCAACAGCCUCUUCAAAGAGAAAUGGACACACACUGUGCAAUUAAAUGCACAGAGUUUCAUCAGUUCAUCCUUUGCAUCUUCCCUUCGUGGAGAGGAGUCUUUUCCCUGGAUUUCUCUCACUGAUGCCCAGACCAAGGAGACACCACUGCUGAGGUUUCUAUCAAGCAAUAAAUCUAUGCAGCAGUGCAUCUCUGUGGCAUACAAAUCACUGCUGGGGACACCAGUAUCAUUGGACACUCUUAUGUAAAUAUUAUAAUUAAGGAUGUGCACCUCAGUAGCAGUAGUACGUUUAAAGACUGUGCCCCUUGUGUUGAACAUACAGUUGUGAAAAUUGUAAUGAAUAAAUCUGAAUAAAAGGGACAAUGUUUUGUGAUACCCACAGCUAUAUAUUAUUUUUAAUACUUUUGUUUUUCAUACAUAAACAGUAUGGUAAAUAUAUAGACAUAUAGACAUAUCUCUUUUUUUUUUUUUUACAAUGCACAAAAAGCAGGACUAGUUGGUAUAUUCUGAAAUAUAUUGUAAAUCGAUCAUAAAUGAAAAUUUUGAUGAAAACCUGUCAUCUUGAUGUCAUAUCAAC